GCUUCUGCUGGGUCACAUUACACCCAUGCAAAACAGCAGGGCGAUGUGGUGGUGGGGUGAAUUAUCAGCCGCAGCACCUCUUAUGGGUUCUGAAUCCGGACCUCAUCCGAUCUCCAGAUGACAACCUCUUCAUUUGGAUUUUUUUUUUAAAACGUUCUCCUAAUCCAAUUUGAACCUAUUUGGUGAGUUCUGAAGCUGCAUGAUGUCCGUGAGGAAUUAACCACACAGAAAGGGUUUUUCAAAGGUAUAUCGAUUGGAGGCGCAGGUCCCAUUAUAUUACUUUGUCACAGUUGCCUGCUCGAGUCCAGGGAUCUCUAGCUCUCCAGUGCUUGUGUGUUUCAUCAAAGAAAUAUUGCUGACGACAAAAUGCAACAGUCGUCAACUCCAAGCACCGUUCAUGCAUUAGAUGCAGCAGGACAGUUUGCAAAAAGAAGGAGGACAGCGCUUUGGUUCACAGUCGCUCUUCUAGUGCUAUCUCUUAUCAUUCUGGUGUUGGGCCUAGCAGCAGGCACGCGCACGGGCAACGUGGAUGUGGCUGGUUAUUACCCAGGGAUCAUUCUCAGCUUUGGGUCUUUUCUGGCCCUCGUUGGGAUCAAUCUGGUGGAGAACAGAAGACCAAUGCUGGUGGCCUCAAUAAUUUUCAUCAGCAUAGGAGUGAUCGCGGCGUUCUUCUGUGCUAUUGUGGACGGGGUCAUUGCGGCAGAAUUUAUUGAUAGAAGACCUCUGUCUGAAGGCAGAUGCCAGUUUUAUUCCAGUGGUUCAGGUUAUGCCUAUGACAACUAUCACACAGAGGUUUUAUGUUACACCUUCAGCAGUAAGUGCAAGCUGAGGGUUAAGAGUAACACUUGUUACUGCUGCGACUUGUACAACUGUGAAAGCCCUGAGCGCUACUCAAAGUACUACGAAUACACGGGAGUGAGCAGCUGCAUGGAUGCCAGCCACCUCUAUCGCCUGCUGUGGGCCUCCGUCGUGCUCAAUGUGCUGGGGCUGUUCCUUGGAAUUGUCACAGCCGCGAUACUCGGAGCGUUCAAAGACAUUAAGCCAGUGUCCCAGAUCAACUGCAGCUCUGCUCCUCCUCACAUUCUCUACAACCCUGCUCAACAAGUCUUGACCUACGCUGGUUUCUGCCCCUCUAACCAAGCACUUCCAGCCUACCCCAAUUACCCACUGCCAGUCCAGCAUCACAGUGGUUUCCAAGCACCGUCUUCAGCUGACACCUCUCUUCCUGAUGACAGUCAGGCCUCCUCCAGCUACGUGCUUUCUCCCAACGCUCCGUCUCUGUACACGCCCCCCUAUAACCCUGGGGAUAAACCACCACCGUAUGCUUCCUGAGCACAUGCUUCAGUGUCUCUCUGAAGCCCAGUAGAAGACCACGUGCUACUAAAAACACACAGCGACUGCGUGUGCAGUGAUCAUUACAUUUCUCAUGCACUGUGAGCAGACAAGACCAUUCCAUCCUUCUGUUUUUAAUGUGGAUUUUAAGGCAAACAAGUUUCUUUACUUUAAAUUACUGUGAAGACUGCAUGGCACCGAUCACAUGUUCAUUUUAAUCCCUCAUUUUUAACCACGUAGGGGGUUUUCUCAAGAGAUUUGAUAACAGCCACUGUUUAGAUUACAGAAUCAGGCCCUUUUAAAUAUAUAUUUUUAUCACAGUGAUGUUUGUAUUGAAUGCUUUCUUUUUUUUUUUUUUUAAAUGACACAGAGGUCCAGAUUAUUAACAGUGAUGGCAUUUGGGUACACCACUGUUUAGUCCCGUUGAAUAGACCUUACAGUAUCAAAAUGUAUUGUCCUUAACAAGCAAACAACAUACACAAGGAGGAAAUAUUAAUAUAUUCAUAUAUGUUGUUUAUUUAUAUCUAUACCAUAUCCAACAUGCAUACAGUUUAUUUGUACACAAUGUGGACAUAUAUCAUUGUCACAUCUGUUUUACAGUUUGCUUUGUGAAAACUGUUGUAAUAAUAAAAUUAAUAGGCAAUUAGAACUGAAGACCAGUUCAUGAACCCAGAUGUAUGUUUCCCUGUUGGGGGGCGGGGGCUAGAGAAUUCGAGUUAGAAACAUGAUAUACAGAAGCCCCGAUAGUCAUGCUGACCCUUUUUUGGAGAUUGCGGUGUAGGAAUUGUAAAAGGUGAAUGAAGCCCUCUGCUGGAGACAAGAGAUACUGCAGGUAAGCUUUAUAACUGCUGUUGAUUUGCUUUGGGAUUCAUUUCACUUACUGUGAUGUUGGCUAGGUAUUGGUAUGUGGGAAGUCAAGGCAAUACUAUGACUUCGGAAGAAUGGUAUCAUGCAUGUAGGUCCAAGGUAUAGAAUAGGCACAAAAAUAUUGUCAUUAGUAUUUAUUUCUGUUUUGUCCCUUAAAUAAUAUUCGCGUAUUUCAGCGACAAACCACGGCAUUCAAACCGCAGGCUUUGAGAGUUGUGUAAAGUUAAAAGUAAAAUAAUUGCAAGGACCAUGCAGCAUAUCCCAUGAUCUCAAUUUUAAACAGCCCGGCAACUGGCAACCUUGCUUUGCAGCAGAUCUGCACCCCCAAAUAAUAUCGCCUUACACUUCCACUGCUUUGGUAAUUAUCCAAAUACAAACCUUUUCUCCUCUGAGGCACCUGGUGAUGAGUGAUGGAUCAACAGACUUACGAUGCUUUCGUGGGUUUCUUUAUACUGUACAUCUUUGAUUUGGAUGACAGUGUUGAUGGGCUAGACUCAACAAGUUUGUUGUAAACCCUCCUAAAAAAGCAGGACAAACCGCAGAUGUUACCCUAAGACAAAGGUAUACAACAGUGUAGCAGUCUAUUUAUUUAUAUAUAUUUAUUAUGUGACAGUUAACUGCUCUAUAAAUCUUGCAAUUCCUAAGAGAAAUUCCCAAAUCAAUUAAAAUAAGCACCGGCACAGGUAAGAAAAAAAAAAAACAAAAGAAAUUAUUUUUGAUAAAAAUUAUGUUCAAUACCUUGUACACUGGUUAAAACAUACAAUACAUUUCCCAAUAACCAAAAAAACACUUUGGGAAUAUUACAGAAAGAAAACACAAAAUAGAUAAGAAAAAAUACACAUGAUUAAAAAAAAAAAAAAUGAAACAAAAAAAAAAA